AUGGAAAAAGCCGAGUACGAACGGGUUCAGUUCAAUCUGAAUCAGGAGUUGUUUGAUUAUCGUGACCGUGUGGAUGACCUGUAUGUGCUCACCAACAAAACCUUGGAGUUGGAGGUCACCGUUUCGCAUUUGAAAAUGGAGAAAGAAGAGGGAGAAGCGUCUGCUGCCGAUGCUACGAAAGAAGCCCAGGCUGCUAUUGUUGAGACAUUCGCUUUGAAAGACCAAAUCCAAAAGCUGAUCGAAGAGAAGGUUGCCGAUCAACACGAGUUGGCGAUUCAUGCAAAAGAAAGGCGAACCAUUGAGGUAACAUUGUGUUUCGGAAUAUAUUUACGCUGUUCAUUUCAGUACGAGCGUGAAAGGAUCGCGACGGAACGCGGUCUCCAUGCUGAAGCAAAGCGGUGGCUGAUGCAGGAAGUGUCCGAACGGGACAACAAAGUGUCGAGCUUGCGUCUGGAGCUGAGUAUGGAAUUCUGUUCACCGCUCACCACAGACAGAGAAACCCGAACUCGUUCUCGUACCUGCUGGAAGAAGAGGCCACUCGGUUCGCACAGGACAUCGACAUGCUGUACAGAGCCUACUUCCCAUCGGAUUCUAUCGGCAGAGAGAUGAUCGAGAAGAUGCUGGCAAGCGGAAAGACCCCGGACGCCAUCGAGAUCUUUCUCCAGAAUGGAGUGUAAGUCAAUCAGUAACUGACCGCCAAUGAGUAACAAGUUUCAUUUUCAGGACCGCCAUGCCGGGUCUCGUGAAGACAUUGGAAAGCCGACAGCCGGCUAUUGUGUACAAGGAGAGACGGGUCAAGAGGAACUCUCUGGAUUCUGAUUACGAACAAGUGUCGGCGGUAAGCUUGAAAACCAUCUAAACUCAAACAAUUGUUCUCUUUUCAGCUGACUCACGGAUUCGCCCAUCCGACCUCCAUCACAAACUACCGAUUCAUGCAGGCAGCCUUCGGAAGAGCGCUUUCGGCAAUUCAGGCUGUCAAGCAGGGUAGGGCUCUCGCCAAGAACUGCUCCAUCGAUCCGCUCGCCGAGAACCCGUUCAAGUACAUGACGGAUGCUGCCUACGAAGAGUGGAAGAACGUGAUGAACGGCCAUCCGUCGGAGCCGAAGUUCACGAAUCCGGUUCUCUGGGGAGGAGAGCCGCCAGUUUGA